GAGGUACUGUCUGCUUCUUUCUCCCGUCAGACUGUGAGGAGAGCACAUGGCCUCCGGUCAGCAGCCCACUCCACGCUCUUCAGCCAGCCUCCCACCGCCCUGUCUCCACAGGUUUGGAGGGGCGCCCCCUCAUGGCACGGCCAGAGACUGUUGUGUACCUCCGCUUCUCCAGAGGAGGUGACGGUGGUGUAUCAGAACGGGCUGCCGGUGAUCUCAGUCAGUUUGCCGUCCAGGCGAGAGCGCUGUCAGUUCACCCUCAAGCCUCUCAGCGACAGCGUGGGAGUCUUCCUGCAACAGCUCCAGGCAGAGGACCGAGGCAUCGACCGGGUUGCUAUCUACUCCACAAAUGGAGCGAGGGUUGCCUCCUCCACAGGCAUCGACAUCCUGCUGCUGGAGGAUUUCAAGCUCGUCAUCAACGACACCACGCACCUCGUGCAGCCGCCCAGGAGAGAGAUGCUGCCUCACGAGGAAGCAGAAAGGCUGAAUGAUGUCAAGUUUCUGGUGCAGCAGCUCUACACGACCCUGCGCAUCGACGAGCACCAACUCGCCAAAGAACGCGAGCUGAUUGCACGACUUGAGGACCUCAACACUGAACUCGAACCCCUGGAGAAGGUGAAGAAGGAGUUGAGUAGGAGGGCGGAGCGGCGCACCGCCACUCUAUUGUGGACCGGCAUGGCGUUCAUGGCCACCCAAUUUGGUGUCCUGGCCCGGCUCACCUGGUGGGAGUACUCCUGGGACAUCAUGGAGCCCGUCACCUACUUUAUCACUUACGGCUCAGCCAUGACCAUGUUCGCCUACUACGUGCUUACACGCCAGGAGUAUGUUUACCCCGACGUUCAUGACAGGCAGUAUCUGCUCUUCCUCCACAAGUGGAUGAGAAGGACACGCUUCGACGUUGAGAAGUACAACAGUCUGAAGGAUGAAAUUGCAGAGGUGGAGUUGGCUCUGAAGCGUCUCCGGGACCCGCUCCUGCUCCACCUCCCAGUUAAGCGGCUCACCGACAGUAAACAGUGACCUCCUCCUCCUCCUCCUCCUCCACUCUCGGCUCCUACGACUCCCUCCUCCUCCCUCUCGCCGCCCGACACCCUUCUUCUUCCUCUCCUUUCACCCCCAAACAAUUUCCUCAAAUCCCUCCUUUCCUAAUCCCUCCUGCAACCCUUAUAUUCCCAUCCCCCCCUUUUUCUCGACUGUGGGAGUUAGUUUUUUUUUUCUUUCUUUUAUUUUUCUUUUUCCUUUUUUUCUUUUCCUGACUGAAAACUCCAGUUGGAAUUGAAACGGCUUCAAAGACGACGCAGAACAAUGGUGAGGAUACUUAAAAAAGGAACUGUACAACUCUCACAGAUGGGAGGGUCAUGAACGGGACGAUGAUGAUGGAAUCAAAGUGGGCUGCGUGGAUACUCCUCAUGUGGGGACGGCAAACAGGAAUUAUCACUCGUCUUAGACACUCCAGAAUAGAGGACACACGGGGGGGGGUUACCAUUGAGUGUGUGUGUGAGGAACUUUUAAGGGGCAUGCUGGGACACCGACCCCGGGCCACUCAGCGGGUCGUCACACACAGCAAAGUCCUGUUUCCUCUUGCAGUCAAACUGUCCACACACACACACACACACACACACACACACACACACACACACACACACACACACACACACCUGCUGUACUCUUGGUCGUGGGGGGGGGGCCGGGCUCUAUAUCAUUAUGCUAAAGUUUACAAGGAAGUCCUGACUGCAGUCGCACCCUCAGGAGGAACCUUCAUCUUCCUGUGGCUGGACUGUGCUUGCCUCCCUCAACCCUUAGGCCACGCCUCCUCCAGGUGACGGACAGCUGUCCCUCCCAGUGUGACCUUUUUGUCAGGAGCCUGUCACAGGACUCGCAGGAUGUAAGGCGACGGGCGACGCCUCGUUUCCUCUUCCUGUUGAUGUUCCCCUCAGCGGCCCGCCCCGGUCUGUCUGCGCAAUUCUGAGAGAGUACUACCGACAACAACAUCACUGUGUGUUCUUUUAUUCCAAAAAAAUAUUUUGGCACUUUUUAUUUUGAAAGCCAUAGUAUAUUUGUUAUGAGAAGAAUAUAAAUAUAUAUAUAUAUGUAUACAAUCAAAUAAACAGAUGACCAGAGGCUAGUUUUUCUCUCAGUGGGGGGAGGAACUCUCUUAACAGACAUCCUCAUCCACAUCCUCUAAAAAUCGCCUUGAAUGACGGACCCGUCUGACGCCAUCUUUUUCCACAACACUCAAGAGCUUCACAUUAAAACCAGUCAGCACCUUUCACUAACUUCCAUCGGUUUGCAUUAAAACUAGUGACGCACUGAUCGGGAAAAUCUGUGCAGACACAGAUACCGAUGUUUAAAAUUACAACUUCGCUGACCGCUGAUUCCUAUCCCGAUACUUCUUCAGAAUUUUUUUCACUUCUGGUUUUCAAAAUAAAUGCAGGAUUUGAUUUGUUUUUUAAAUAGUUAUCUUUAAAUGUCUCUGGACAAUGUCUGACAAACUGCAUGAUCUCUCAGAGGCGUUUUAAGAUUUCUCCUGCACUGAGAACAUUUUCCUUCAUGUUUGACAAGUCAGAGUUUGUCCAACAGGCAGGAUUAUAAAACACCUUCUCUGUAUCAGCAGGGAGGUGAGCUCGCUUUAAUUUCGGCUUCUGACAUCAGCUCUUGCAACGUUAUUGAAGUCUGUCAAACCAGGCGGAUAUCGACAUUUUUAGCGACCCUGCCACGUCUGGUUGAUUAAAGCUUUAAAUAGAAAUGAUUGCUCUCGGCUGAUCACAUGCUUUCUCUAAUGUCAGGAACCCAAAUAUCUCUUGCAGACAAAAUCGACUCAGACAAACGUACAGGCGUGUUAAAUGUCAAACAUACCAGAAGAGAGUUUGACUUAAUGUCUCGCUCAUAUAAACUUAUUUUCUUUCCUUGGUGAAGUAAAACUAAUAAUUUCAUAAUUUGACUUCUAGCUUCUGCGGCAUGUGACAUCAUCGGAUUAUUUAAAAUAUAAUUCUCCCUCAUGAAUCUCAAACAUAACAAAGUUUACAUGUAACAAAUGUAUCUUAGCGUUCAUUCAUCAUCGUGAAAUAAAGCCUGAGAUUUCUCCCCCCACUUGCUGUAUUGCCCCCCCUGCUCCCCUGAUGGCAGCGCAGGGUAGACUGCAUGCUGUGGUAUGCCCUCAGUAGAAAAAUCUGUGAAUGUGUAGGAGCAUUAAUGCCAUUAUUUAUUUUUAUUUUUUUACUUAAUUGGACUUUUUUUGUUUGCCAGAUCUUUCUGAAGUCUCAUCCCCCUGAUCGGGUAAAUCAAAGGUUAUAGAAGCCAUACGUUUAUGUUUUUUAUUUUGGGAUGG